GCCUCCUUCCUUCCUUUCCUUCCUUUUCCUUCCUCCUCCUCUCCCCUUCUGAGCCAUCAACGGCACGAUGCAGGACGAGACGCGUGCAUAUGUGACGCUGGCACUCAAUGAGAAGUAUGUCAUUGGCGCCCUUGUCCUCGCCCACUCCUUGCACCAAACGCGCACCAACAAGCGCCUUGUCUGCUUGGUGGGACCAGACAUCACCGACGAGCGAAAGAUGCAGAUGCUGGAUGUCUUUGACGACGUGGUUGACGUGUCGCUGUACAGCAGCGGUGACGUUUCGCGCCUUGAACUGCUGCAGCGGCCGGAGCUCGGUGUCACCUUCACCAAGAUCCAGGCCUGGCGCCUGGAGCGUUACGAGAAGUGCGUCUUCCUGGACGCUGACACCAUCGUGCUGCAGAACAUUGACGAUCUGUUUGACCGGCCCGAAUUCGCUGCUGCGCCCGACAUUGGCUGGCCAGACUGCUUCAACUCUGGCGUCUUCGUCUUCAAGCCGUCGCACGAGACCUUCAGCGCGCUGUCAAAGCUAGCCAACGAGAAGGGCAGCUUCGAUGGCGGCGACCAAGGGCUGCUCAACCAGUACUUCUCAAGCUGGCGGACGCAGGGACCCGAGCAUCGUCUCCCCUUUACCGACAACAUGACCGCAAACGCCGCUUACGGGUAUGCGCCGGCCUUUGAGCGCUUCAGGGAUCGCAUUCGCGUCGUGCACUUCAUCGGUGCACACAAGCCCUGGAUGGGCGCGCCCCCGCAAACGACGGCCCAGAUGCAUGGCAUCCAGCAGCUGCACGACCUGUGGUGGAGCACGCAUGACGACUUGCUCAAGCACUCCUCCGACUCGGCAAUCUAUCGCUACGCCAUGGGCAUCGUGCCACCCAUCCAUCCGAACGAGGACAGGUCGCGGUGGAAGCGCCACUACGCUUACCCGGAGCGCCACGACGACUACCAGCACUCCCGCUCAGCAGAGGAGAUUACGCGCCGCAUUGCCGCGCUGUCGUCCCGCAAGCCGAUUAUGGGCUCGGCAUCAGGCCCGCGUUUGCCGCGUAAGUUGUCGCAGUACGGCAAGGACGUCAUGGCCCUGAGGGCGGAGCAGAAGAAGAGGGACGAUGGCCACGACAGCCUGGACGACGAGGAUGAGCGCUACUUCAAGCCCAGGCUCGGUGACGCCGCUGCGUCUGCCAACGGCAAGGACAAGAAGAAGAAGAAGAAGAAGGGCAAGAAGAGCAAGAGCUCCAAGGUCUGAGGACAGGUCUGCAAGCAAGGCGACACACACACACACCCACACACGUGUGCUGUCUCUUUUGGUUUUUUCCGUCUCUCUGCUCGACCACUUCCGAUCUCCUAUGGCCCUUCACACUGCCCUUCUGCGUUUGUUGUGUCUCCCCCCUCUCCACCCAAAAGCACAUCAUCUCUGCACUUCAGUUCCCGCUGCAGAUGGUUGCGCUUUUGUCCUUUUCUUUGCACGCAGCCUUCCUGUCUUGUUUGCACAUUCAUGUUGCUGUGUAUUGCCGUGGUCCUUUGCUUGUCUCGUUGUGAUCUUCUUGCUUGCAUGUGUGUGUGUGUGUGUGUGUGUGUGUGUCACAUUUUGGUUCCACCCAUCCACCUCCACCACCUGCUCUGCCCUUUUGCCAGCCCAGCUGUUGUUGGGCAAUCGUGACGAUUAUUGAAAGAUAACCAUCAAAUUUCGGUAUCUGUCGUUGUUGCGAGAACGGCGAGCCAG